CUACAAACAUGUUUAACCUAGGCGUUCAGGUCAUCAACGGCCAAAAGACCUUUAUACCACUAGAAAACAACCCAGAAGUCCACACGCAUCUAUGUAAGAACCUCGGAGUAUCCCCGAGCCUCACCUUCCACGAUAUCCUCUCCACCACCCCAGAAAUGCUCUCCUGGAUCCCACGACCUGUAAACGCCCUCAUCCUCCUUUGCGACAAACCCAUCUAUCUCGCCGCGCGUUCUGGUGUCGAACAUAGCAUCCCCGAAUAUCUCGGUAGCGGGGUCGACGAGCCCGUAUUGUGGAUGAAGCAGACAAUCGGACAUGCGUGUGGGCUGAUGGCAUUACUGCAUGUGGUUGUCAAUUUGGAGAAUGGGAAAUAUGUCACGGCUGGAUCGGAGCUGGAAAAGAUUGUGAAUCUGGCGGUUGAUCUGGGGCCGGUGGAGAGGGCACGGCUCUUGUAUGAUUCGAGGUUUUUGGAAGAGGCGCAUAUGGAUGCGGCGUCAGAGGGAUGCUCAAUUGUGCCUCUACCACAGGAGGAAUGUGGAUUUCAUUUUAUUGCUUUUGUUAAGAAAGAUGGGAAGGUUUGGGAAUUGAAUGGGGGAAUGAAUGGGCCAUUAUUGCGCGGUGAAUUGGAAGGGGACUUGUUGGGAGAGGAAGGGUUGGAUAUGACGGUAAGGGAGUUUUUACAUGCUGCCGACAAGGAAGUUCAUAGGGGGAUGAUUCUCAUCACAGGUGCCACAGGCAAACAAGGAGGUUCCGUGGUCAAGAACCUUCUGGAGAAAAGUGCCCCUUUCAAGAUUCUCGCCGUGACUCGUAAUACCAAUUCCACGGCUGCCAAGAAGCUCGCCCAAAAGUCUUCCAAUAUCACAUUGAUUCAAGGCAACCUCGAAGACCCAGCGGCCAUCUUCGAGAAUGUAAAGCGUCAAGCCUCAACCAUAGUUUGGGGCGUGUUCAGCGUCCAGGCGGCCAAUCCCAAAAACGAUGAUGAGAGACUACUUUGUGUACAGCUCCGUCGACCGCGGCGGCGAGAAAUUAGACCAAAACCCAACCCCAGCCCCACAUUUCAUUUUCCAACACGAGAUCGAGAAGCAUCUGAAACAAAAAGCAAAAGGGACCGAGAUGGAAUGGACAAUUCUCCGUCCCGUGGCCUUUUUGAGAACUUCACCCCGGAUUACUUCGGAAAGGUGUUCACCACGGCAUGGCAGAUGUCUCUCAAGGGCAAGCCGCUGCAACUGGUCGCGACCAGUGGUAUUGGCUUCUUUACGGCGGCGGCAUUUAUGAACCCCGAGGCGUCGAAGAAUCAUGCAUUCUCGCUUGCUGGAGAUGAAUUGACCUUUGAUCGCAUGUCGGAAAUAUUCAAAACCUUGACUGGCGAAGAUGUACCGACCACUUAUUGGAUUUCGGUUUGGUUGAUGUUGGUUAGUGUUAAUGAGCUGGGGGUGAUGUUCAAAUGGUUUCAUGAUGAGGGAUAUGGUGCCGAUAUUCCGGCUUUGAAACGACUGAACCCUAGGUCGAAGACUUUUGGUGAUUGGUUGAAGGAGGAUAGCCAAUUUGAGGGGUGA